CAAGAUCGAAAAUUUAGCACCUGCUGCACUCCACUCUUCGUCUCCUUCGUCUUCGUCAACUCCAAUUGGGGGAACAAGAAACAUCAAUGGAAGCUGUAGUCGGAGCUAGAUCAAUCCUAGCUUUCGCACUAUUCUCGCUUCUCUUUCUUCUCUCUAGAUCCUCCGCUCAUCAGCUCAACAUCGUCAAUGCCGAGCGUAGAAUUGACCUGACUUCGCAUAUUGUUAAAGUCUUCUUGACUUUGAAGGUGGAGAAUGUAGGUACUGAACCUGCUUCAGAAAUCCUUCUUGCAUUCCCCCCUACCCAAGUCAAUCAUCUGGCUUCGGUUGAGGCAUUAGCAACCACAGGCAAGCGGAAGAAGAAAACUUAUGUACCUCUUAUUGUGACCCCAACAGAGCUACCUGAUGGACCUAAUGGCACCAAAUAUUUCACUAUAUCUUUGGCUAAUCCUUUAAACUCUGGGGAAACAACAACAGUGGAAGUGCUUUAUUUAUUGACACAUUCUUUGGAACCUUUUCCAGCAGAGAUAAGUCAAUCAGAAUCUCAGUUGGUAUUUUACAAGGACGGUGCAAUGAUAUUGUCACCAUAUCAUAUUAAGCAGCAGACAACUUUUAUUAAAACACCAAGUACCAGGGUUGAAUCCUUCACAAUGGUGGAACCCACAAAUCGUGCGGGUACUGAAUUGAAGUAUGGGCCAUAUGAGGAUCAUGCUUCAUAUUCAUUCUCCCCAAUUAUUGUACAUUUUGAGAAUAACAAUCCAUUUGCUGUUGUUGAGGAGCUUGUGCGAGAAGUGGAAAUAUCACAUUGGGGCAGUAUACAAGUCAGAGAGCAGUACAGAUUGGUCCAUACUGGUGCUAGACAUAAAGGUGUAUUUUCAAGGGUUGAAUACCAGGCCAGACCAUCUCAUAGUGGUGUAUCCUCAUUCAAACACCUCUUGGCAAGGUUACCACCUAGGGUCCAUUCUGUCUACUACCGGGAUGAAAUAGGGAACAUCUCAUCAUCGCAUUUGCGGACAGACUCUCGGAAGUCGGAACUUGAAAUUGAGCCAAGAUAUCCUUUAUUUGGAGGUUGGAGUGCAACUUUUGUCAUUGGAUAUGGGCUACCAUUGCAAGACUUCCUUUUUGAGUCACCUGAUGGCAGGCGUUAUCUCAACUUCAGCUUUGGAUGCCCCCUUGCUGACACAGUAGUAGACAAAUUGACCAUUAAAGUUGUCCUGCCAGAAGGCUCCAAAGACCCUUCUGCUGUUGUUCCAUUUUCUGUGGAACAGCAUCUUGAGACAAAAUAUUCUUACCUUGAUGUUGUUGGGAGGACUGUGGUGGUCUUGGAAAAGAAAAAUGCAAUUCCAGUGCACAACGUUCCUUUCCAGGUUUAUUACACCUUCAAGCCGAUCUUCAUGCUUGCAGAGCCACUGAUGCUGGCAUCAGUUAUUUUCUUGUUUUUCAUGGCUUGUGUAGCAUACCUACACAUUGAUCUUUCCAUACGGAAGUGAUGAACACUGUAGUAUUUUCAGGGGUAGUAAAGCAGCAAACAGCUUCCUUUUGUUAGUCGGUAGCUUGGAAUACGAGUCACUUUACCCUGUUCAACUCACAAAGUAGAUCAGGAGGUAGGAUUUAAUGAGUGACUGACUAUCUUGGGUAUUAAAAAUCUAAAAUUUUUGAACGAGGAUAGUUUGCAAUUAGAAAUUUAAUUAUACGACUGUUGGUUUCAUCAAGUUGGAGCCCCUGUUUCCAUCUUUGCUUUAACGUAAGAAAUACACAGAUCCAUCGUCUUCUCUUUUCUUGGAAUGGUGAAGUGACAUAUUUUGUUUUCAUAUAGGACAUUCUGUAGACUGUUAAGAAAAUAAUUUCUGUGCCCUCUUUCUUCUUGUGGAAGUGACGACUGCUAUGUGAUUGUCUUUAUAGUUACGGAAAUACAAUAAUACCGUAGGA